AUCUCCUUCCCCUAGUGAACUAGAAAGAAUAAAUAAAUAAAAUUCCUUGAAUUCUCAAGACUCAGUACAUCAUCAAUUGAAUAAAAAUAAAUAAAUCGUCAAUGAACAAUUGAUACAACUAAUAAAACAACCGAAUCGUCCCCAGGGCAGCGAUGUCAUCCCUAGGAGGUAAAGUACUCCCCCAAUUUCGUCAGGUGUUUUCAGUUCCCCCUCGAGACUCCCUCCAGUGGUUCCCAGGUCACAUGCACAAAGGUCUCCGUCAGAUGCAGCAGAAGCUCAAAGCAGUGGACAUCAUCAUCGAGGUUCACGACGCCAGGGUGCCACUCUCAGGUCGUUAUGAGCAAUUUCGUAAUACAGUCAGUGGCUUAAAGCCCCACAUAUUCGUUCUCAACAAGAAAGAUCUCACGGAUUUAUCGAGAGCGAGACAUUUCGAGGAGAGAUUGAAGUCCGAGGGCAUCAACAACGUCAUCUGGACAAAUUUCAAGGACCAGCAGUGCAAGGGAAUGCACUCAAUCCUCCCAACAGCUCUCAAACUAAUUGAAAACUCCCAGAGGUACAAUCGAACUGGUGAACAGGAUUACGCAGCGAUGGUGAUAGGAGUUCCCAACGUGGGUAAAUCCUCCCUGAUAAAUCGUCUCAGAAAUAAACACCUGAAGAAGGGAAAUGCCACAGCAGUGGGAGGUGUUGCAGGAAUCACCAGAUCAGUUUUAACUAAAAUAAAAGUAUCUGAGAAGCCCCCGGUGUACGUUCUGGACACUCCAGGAAUCCUUGCCCCCUACAUCAGGGACGUAAUAUCUGGAUUGAAACUAGCUCUCGUGGGAUGCCUCCAGGAUCACCUCGUGGGGCCCCAGGUCAUCGCAGACUAUCUUCUAUUUUGGUUGAAUAAAAAUCAGAGAUUUGAUUAUGUGGAGAAACUGGGGCUUCAGGCCCCAACAGAUGAUAUUCUUCAGCUGCUGACGAUUUCCGCUGUCAAGAUGGGAAAGAGCAAGAAGAUCAAGCGAUUCGAUGGACAGCUCAUUGUCAGACCUGAUUUUAAUUUCGCUGCUGAGCACUUCCUCAGGGUUUUCAGGACUGGGGAGCUGGGGGGUGUCUGUCUUGAUAAUGAUAUCGUCGAAGGGGGAGGGGUGGAAGGGUGAAAUAUUUUGACAGCUGUAAAUGUUUCAGAGAUAUUUCAUACGUGAACUCCAGAAUUUUGGAUUAUUGUAAAUAUAGAGUAAUUUAAUGUACAAUUUUUUGAAAAUAAAUUCACAUGAAGUGAAAAUAUUUGUCGUCCUGGGAAUUAUUGCAAUUAUUGCAAUUAUUCCAGAUAUUAAAUCCAAUAAUUUUAUCAGUUGAUUUAUCUCUGGAGCAAUUGCAAUAGAUCAUUUUAUAUCCUAUCGAAAUACUUUGGGAGAUUAUAAAAAAUAUUCACCUUUUCCCCCACCACGGGCUCGAUGGCUUCCACCUCUUCAUCUCUCCACCACCUCUCGACUUCCUGAGACUUUCUCUCACUGAGUUUCGAGAGUUCAAACUCACUGGACUGAAUUCCCAUUAUAUCCCCUCACUUUAUCCGUACCAAAUUCUCUAGUUAAUUUGUUAUUUAUCGGUGUUAUUAUUA